AUGGCUACUACAAAAGUUGACGAUUCAUUAAGGACACUUCUAAAUGAUGACAUAUCUAUAGCAAAGAAAACGGAUCAUCUUCUGGUUGCCGCAAUUGACUUUGGCACUACAUUCACUGGCUAUGCCUUUUCAACAAAGAACAUUCUGGAUGAUCGAAUCAACUGCAGCAGUUUUCAGGCAGAAGGAUUUAAAAGUGAGAAGGCUCCAACAUGUCAACUUUCUCGUAAAAUGAAGAUCAAAGACUUAAAAGGGAAAGAACUUUUAGCCAUAGAUGUUUUCUCGAAAGUGAUUAAGCACCUUUCAGAGGAACUUAACGAACAGUUGAGGAAACAGGUGACGGGAAUUGAUCCAGAUGACGUUUUAUGGGUCAUAACAAUUCCAGCAAUCUGGUCUGACGCUGCUAAGCAGUUCAUGCGAGAAGCAGCAAAUAAGGUUUGA